UACCUGGUGGAGAAUCCUGGGAGUUAUGUGGCAUAUAGUAAGGCUGCAACAGUUACUGGUAAACUGGUCCAUGCUAAUUUUGGUACUAAAAAAGAUUUUGAGGAUUUAGACACUCCUGUGAAUGGAUCUAUAGUGAUUGUCAGAGCAGGGAAAAUCACCUUUGCAGAAAAGGUUGCAAAUGCUGAAAGCUUAAAUGCAAUUGGUGUCUUGAUAUACAUGGACCAGACUAAAUUUCCCAUUGUUAACUCAGAACUUUCAUUCUUUGGACAUGCUCAUCUGGGGACAGGUGACCCUUACACACCUGGAUUCCCUUCCUUCAAUCACACCCAGUUUCCACCAUCUCGGUCAUCAGGAUUGCCUAAUAUACCCGUCCAGACAAUCUCCAGAGCUGCUGCAGAAAAGCUGUUUGGGAAUAUGGAAGGAGACUGUCCCUCUGACUGGAAAACAGACUCUACAUGUAGGAUGGUAACCUCAGAAAGCAAGAGUGUGAAGCUCACUGUGAGCAAUGUGCUGAAAGAGAUAAAAAUUCUUAACAUCUUUGGAGUUAUUAAAGGCUUUGUAGAACCAGAUCACUAUGUUGUAGUUGGGGCCCAGAGAGAUGCAUGGGGCCCUGGAGCUGCAAAAUCCGGUGUAGGCACAGCUCUCCUAUUGAAACUUGCCCAGAUGUUCUCAGAUAUGGUCUUAAAAGAUGGGUUUCAGCCCAGCAGAAGCAUUAUCUUUGCCAGUUGGAGUGCUGGAGACUUUGGAUCGGUUGGUGCCACUGAAUGGCUAGAGGGAUACCUUUCGUCCUUGCAUUUAAAGGCUUUCACUUAUAUUAAUCUGGAUAAAGCAGUUCUUGUACCAGAGCCUUGCGUUUUCUUGCAGGACACAGAUUAUCCUUAUUUGGGUACCACCAUGGACACCUAUAAGGAACUGAUUGAGAGGAUUCCUGAGUUGAACAAAGUGGCACGAGCAGCUGCAGAAGUCGCUGGUCAGUUGGUGAUUAAACUAACCCAUGAUGUUGAAUUGAACCUGGACUCUGAGAGGUACAACAGCCAACUACUUUGCUUUGUGAGGGAUCUGAACCAAUACAGAGCAGACAUAAAGGAAAUGGGCCUGAGUUUACAGUGGCUGUAUUCUGCUCGUGGAGACUUUUUCCGUGCUACUUCCAGACUAACAACAGAUUUCGGGAAUGCUGAGAAAACAGACAGAUUUGUCAUGAAGAAACUCAAUGAUCGUGUCAUGAGAGUGGAGUAUCACUUCCUCUCUCCCUACGUAUCUCCAAAAGAGUCUCCUUUCUGUCAUGUCUUCUGGAGCUCCGGCUCUCACACGCUGUCAGCUUUACUGGAGAACUUGAAACUGCGGAAACAAAAUAACGGUGCUUUUAAUGAAACGCUGUUCAGAAACCAGUUGGCUCUAGCUACUUGGACUAUUCAGGGAGCUGCAAAUGCCCUCUCUGGUGACGUUUGGGACAUUGACAAUGAGUUUUAAAUGUGAUACCCAUAGCUUCCAUCAGAACAGCAGGGUAGUCUGGUUUCUAGACUUGUGCUGAUUGUGCUAAAUUUUCAGUAGGGCUACAAAACCUGAUGUUAGAAUUCCAUCCCAUCAUCUUGGUACUACUAGAUGUCUUUAGGCAGCAGCUUUUAAUACAGGGUAGAUAACCUGUACUUCAAGUUAAAGUGAAUAACCACUUAAAAAAUGUCCAUGAUGGAAUAUUCCCCUAUCUCUAGAAUUUUAAGUGCUUUGUAAUGGGAACUGCCUCUUUCCUGUUGUUGUUAACGAAAAUGUCAGAAACCAGUUAUGUGCAUGAUCUCUCUGACUCCUAAGGGCUGGUCUCUGCUGAAGGUUGUAAGUGGUUGCUUACUUCGAGUGAUCCUCCAACUUCAUUUGAUGCUAAAUAGGAGAUACUGGGUUGAAAGACCUUUUUCCAAAUGAGAUCUAAGCCUUUCCAUAAGGAAUGUAGCUGGUGUCCUUAUUCCUGAAAGAAACAGUUAACUUUCAGAAGAGAUGGGCUUGUUUUCUUGCCAAUGAGGUCUGAAAUGGAGGUCCUUCUGCUGGAUAAAAUGAGGUUCAACUGUUGAUUGCAGGAAUAAGGCCUUAAUAUGUUAACCUCAAUGUCAUUUAU